CUCCAUUCCGGGGGCGCAGUCUCGGGGCAUGUCAGACUGGAGCCUACAGCCCUUUGUCGCCUGAGGGCUCGUGAGGUAAUAGAUAGACUGCCUGGUAAUUUUUCUCUAGGCUCCGCGAUCCCGGUCUUAUUUUUUGACUCUCAAAGUUUCGAGCCUCCUGUUUUUCUGUCUCUAUCGUCGUCGUUGGCGGAAGAGAUGUUACAGCCACACCCACACCGCAGCCGUGAUUUUCCCGCACGCGCGCUUAGCAGCAUUUGAAAAUGGAUCGUCGGCCCCUCGUCUCGCAGGGCCAAUCCGACACGUCUGUGCCAGCGUCUGUACCCGCAGAUGUGGCAGACGCACUCGAUGACUCGAGACUCGAGGACGAACUCAGAGACUCCCCAGAGCGCAUUUCAUCAGACCCCCUCCCAUCCAGGCCAGUGUUUCCAACCCCUCAGUCGACCCCCGGCCCGAGCUCAGCCAAGGACAAGCUGGCUGCAGUGCGCGUCAGCGAGCAUGAGGCGUCCAACCGGACGAGCAUGUCCCACUGGGACCCCGAGCCGGGAUUCGCACACGUCGACGGAGAGGUCGGCGGCGUAGGCUACAAUGAGACUAAGGUCGAUAUCAUCACCGUCCCUUGUCCGGGCGCAGACCCUGUUGAGACAUGGACCCGGGAUCCCCUCCCGGACAACUUCUUCGGCGAGCCUGGCCACGAGGACGUGAUACCCCAGUCCACAAUCAAGGAGCUGGCUGGCGAUGCCAUCCUGUCGCCUGGUAUCGGCGGCAACUUUCCCAGGGCGGCUCACCUGUGGGUCAGACAGGGCAUCCGCCGCUAUGCGAACACGGCGAGGGUCUUGCUUUACAGGCACCGUGAGCUCACUGACAGCACCACGCUCGAGGGACUCGCAAGAGAUCUGUUGGAGAAUGUGUUCAAACGGCGCCAACGGCAGCAUGUGUCCCGGCCCCUCUUCUUCAUCGCGCACAGCAUUGGUGGCCUGGUGGUCAAGAAGGCUCUGCUCAUGGCAAGCAAGGAUGAAAAGUUCCGCCCCAUUCUGUUCAACUGCCACGGCAUCACCUUCUUUGCGACACCACACCGCGGAUCCAGCUAUAUGUCUAUGAGGCACCUGAGCGAAAGCAUCCAGGGACUGCUUCAUCUGCAGCGGCCACUGCCGCCGUCUCUGGUAAACGAGAUCCGAGUCAGCAACAAGAACCUCAUUAAGAUGCAUGACGAGUUCACAGACGUUGUCAGUGAAAUGAGGGUCUGGAGUUUCUACGAGACCAUAGACUCCCUGCUCUCUGGCUCCGGCCUAGAUUAUGCCGACGAGGUCCAGUUCUCGGCUCCGCUGGUUUCCAUCAAAUCCGCCAUUGUGGACGUCAGACACGAGACGAUUUACUCAGCUUUGGAGAGCGACCACGCCCACUGUGCAUCUUUCGGCGUCACAAACCCUCGAACGCUCGCCACCUAUCUGCAGGACCUCGCGGCUGCCAUCGCCAAGGCCGAGGCCCUCAGCCAGACUAUCCACACGCCGCUGAAGUUGAAGGAGCACGUUAAGGUCGAGCUGAUCGGGUUUUACGAGGACCCGGAUGCCAGCCUCGAGUCUGACAUUCGCCUCUACAUUGCCAAAUACCAUCUCGCAGAGUUCCUCGAGAAGGGACCCGAACUGUGCUUGGAGGAGCGCCUGAGGCGCGUCCCGCGACGGUACGGCGCAUCUGGAGCGCAAGAUGGGCCCCAGAACCCAGCUAAUAGGCCUAAUAGCAGCCAUGGCGGCGGCCUGAAUAUCCUGAAGGGCGUGCACAACUUCUUGAAGUCUACUGUUUCUGGGACUAACCAGCAACGGCGGCCAGAAUCUCCUGACAUCGUGGUCACUCUCCCUUCGGCCAGGCCGACCACGAGCGAGGGGAAUUCACCACCUCCAAUUGGCAGGCGUCCACAUAGUCUAACGCUCCCAGCACUGUCCAUGCCUGGGUUCCAGCGUCCUCCAAGCCGAGGUAGUGUUAUGACAUCAACCACGAUGUCAGACCCGACUGACCGGCAAAUGGCCCCGGAUGAGGACGCAGACACGGAAGAGAUCGCUGAGUACCGCGCAAGGGCAGCCUCAGAUCACACGGGCUUUGACACAGGGUCCCGAUAUCAAGCUGAUAGACUUGGCAAGGCACCCGCAAUGUUGAACUUUACAGCCGGGUUUUCGAGACCGAAUGCCGACCGCAGGAAGUUCAUGUGGAUCCAUCUGCCCUUCACAAACCCUCUCUGGGUCAAGGACAUUUUUGACACACUAUCGGAGACACACCGCCAGGACUUUAGCAAGCUGUUCAACAACGAGAACUGGGUUUCAAAACACGUGCAAGGUCGACACUCGCAGACCCAGCCGUCGUUUGUCAAGCCUGCUGUGCAUUACUUUUCUCCCGAAUCGGCACCAUCUCCUCGACUGUCACACUCAAGCCCCCAGCUUAAUUCCGGCCCGUUGCCGACAUAUCUCUACGUCUACCUCCCUUAUCUCCAUUUCGACACAUACAAGCAAAUCAUAAGACGCAGAAACAUCAUGACCCGGAGGCUUGCUCACGGUCGCUCAAGGCCAGUACCCGAGGACAUCGCCGACCUCGAGUCCCUCGAAAUGCGCGUGAUGUGGGAAUACAUAGGCCAUGACCCACCGUUGAACUGUCGUCGGACUUUGGAUCAGUUCGGAUAUCCAUCUCUAAAAGACACAAACGCCCGUGAUGAUGAUCAGAUGUUGUACAAACUCACUAAACAAAACAACCCACGGCGGCCCUUUGUCGGAAAAACGUGGAGCGACGAAGAAGACAUCAAGGCCCUGGUGCAGAGAUACUCGGUCGGCACAAAGCGCCUGCACGAGGCUAUUGAGAACCAGAAGGAGACUGCAAGCUCUGAAUCAGACAGCGAGCACGAGGAGCCGCUCCGUGAUGGGAACCUGCUCAUGGUUGACCAGCUGUGGCUGUGGGCCAUUGAUACCACAACACUGACCACCUUCUUCCCGAAACGCGAGUCUCGACCGUCUGAGGGAGCCCUCUUCCAGCAGGCCGAUCUGAGGAACAGCAUCUACAACGAGCUCAAUGGCGAUCUCACCGGGAGAUGUGAGAACGCACUGGACCUCGCUGCCUUUGUUGCCCUCCAUGCUGUCACCGUUCUACUCGAUCGAUCUUCACACCCCGAUCUCGAGAUCUUCCGGAUCUUCGAGGAAGCCAUUGGAAUCCUGACCGAACGCAUGACAUGGAAGCUCAAGAAAUUCCGCAUGCAGACCUUCAAGGACGUCGACUCGGAAGAGGAGCAGCUGGCGGAGGCCAGCGCAAAGUCGAUCAAGAGGCGGCACAAGCGCGAGAUCGAGGAGGCGGAGCGGGAGAACCGCGAGAACACGUCGGCGCUCAUGGAGCUGCGCGACAUGGAGGACGAGCUCAGGACGCUGAUGAAGCUGUUCGAGACGCAGACGACCAUGCUCGGCCGGAUGCUCGAGAUCUACGAGGGCGACGCGCUGAGGGACAUGACGCACAACGGCCGCGGGUACCUGCAGGAGGCGCUGGACAGGCUGGCCGAGUACAAGACGCAGGCGGCCGAGAUGCUGGACCGGGUCGCGGCCACCAGGGGCGACUACGAGAAGCUCCUCGAGAUGGCGCAGCGCCAGGCGCAGGUCGACGACGUGAGGUGGUCGCGGCUGCAGACGGAGCUGGCGAGCUCGCAGAACCUGUCGGUCAUGAUCUUCACCAUCUUCACCGUCAUCUUCCUGCCGCUGUCCUUUUUCACCUCGCUCUUCGGCAUGAACGUGGUCGAGUGGGACGAGCAGCUGCCCACGAUGGCCUUCAUCGGCGAGAUCAGCCUGCCCAUCUCGUUCGUCCUGGUCGUCGUCACCUUCGUGGCGGCCUUCUCGUCCCGCGUGCAGAUCUUCUGCGGGCUGGCGUGGCUGCGGCUCAAGCGGCGCUGGGAGGCCUUCAAGGAGGAGACGAGGAAGCUGGAGCCCGAGGCCAGCAGGGAGGCCAAGAUGCGGCGGAGGGCGGACAAGGCUCGCGAGGACAGGGAGCGGCGCGAGCGCAAGAACAAGGAACGGAGCUACGACUUCUGGGCGACGGUCCGCCGGCAGAGGACCUGGGCGUCUUAUGAGAUCCCUGACCUGAACCGGAUGCGGUCCCCGACUGGGUUGGAUAGUUUUGGGACCGGCGGGGGCAAGAGGCCGACUUGGAAGUCAGGGGGGACAAAGUAAUCACAUCGGUUCAACCAAAUCGCUGAUUGUUCUAAUAUAUCACCAAUAGAGAUUAGAUGAAUGUAGACCUACCUAAGUA